AAAGUCAGCCAGUACGAAGCAUACCCACAACACCGUAUCCACCACAGGUAGAAAAAUCUAGGUACAUAAAACAAACGAAUGACCCACUCUGCGGCCUAUGUUUGUCCAGCAUUCAGCACUGCAACGUUCCAGACGAAGUUACGUUACGCAAUGCAACUGAUAGCAAUCUUUUUAUUCCUUUGACGCGGUUUCAAUUACAAAUUACGUCUACGUCAUUCUGUUUGGAAUUAGAGUGUGGCACGUUGAGUGAGAGAAGGCAUCCAUGACGCGGAUGUGUUUUUAACCACCUGUUGAAGUCAAAGGACAAAAGUGGCUGGAAGAAACAAAAAUAACCGCGGCCUUCGGGUCUUAUGGUUUCCGACAAAGUCGCACAAGAAGAAGAAAAAUAAAUAUUACGUGUCACACGUGGACUCAGACUCACCUACACGCUCAAUCAUGUCAGGAGAUUCGCCUAACGCUUUCACCAACGAAAACGUCUUCGAUUUCAAAGAAGGUCGUUCUUCGCCAGCUCCGACGACGUCUAAAGAUCAAAACACGAGCGGUUACGUAACGGCGUCAGUACUCGUAGAACCGCAAAAGGAAAAAGGCAAAGAUAAAGACAAAGACAAGGAAGACGAAGAUCGUCCGGACUUUUCUACGCCGACACUCAAUCCCGGAGCAGAUAAAGAGAAGCGUCGACCCUCGGACGCCGACAAAACGCUCGAAUUGAACGAUCCCCGAAACGAAGAUUCCGGAAAGGGAGGAGACAAGAAGGAAGAACAAAAUUUGCUGAACGGUGGAUUGGACAGGUUGCCAAAUCCAUACGCUCGAUCAAAGGCAUAUGAUGACGAAGAUAGUGAGGAGGACACGUGCAUCGUGAAUUGCAUAUAUUACACGAUGGAAUGUUGCAAAUGUUCCAUUGUUUAGUGCAGCGUAUAGGUAAUAAUGUUUUUGUGAUAUUUUGUACUCGUCUCGUGCCUCAUUCCUAUUUUUAAGAUGAAUAUUAAAGCAGGUAGAUAUUUAUUUCAGUGUAGGUACUGACGGAAGUAUCUACGUUAAUAAAAUUUUAUUGAGUGCUUGUAUUUUGUAAAAUGUGAGCGUUGCAUUACAAAAACUGCUCGAAAUAAAAUGUAGAUCGUAAUGAAUAAUAAUUAAAUGAAAUUGUUAGUGAAGUGUAUGAUUUAGUCAAUUUGGAAUCUCGACUGAUUAAUAAUGUUGGCAAGCGAUGAUUUGCUGUCUUGUAUUUUUAUGGUAACGAUUUAUCUUGUAGUGAAGGCAUCAGUGUGCCAUGUUUAAAGGGUGAAACUGGUCGAAUGAAAGUGAUUUAUUUGGAGAAAAGUUCGUUACAUAGGCUGAUAAGAAAUAUGUCAACUGAAAAAAUACCUAUAGUUAACUGUAUUAUUAUUAUUAUUGUUGUAAUAACAAAAAUAAAUCAAUCCAAAAAAUUGCUUUUAAA